UGUAUUGAAUGUGAGGUACCUCCUUAUAAAGACCAAGAACUGUUAGGAGCUAGAGAAGUGAUCAUCAGGAUUCAUGAUAAACAGAAGUCUAUGGUGGCUGCAUAUAACUUCAUGUACAAAGAAAAUGAGGAAACAGUGAUGGCAAAGAAACGAAAGAUGGCAGUCGAAUAUUGUGCUCCCCCAGAGUUACUUCUAGAGUCUGGGAUUGACACCAGUAUCCACACUAACCAGAGACGACCUGUGCUGAAACCCUCAAGGACAAAGAAACUAGGCAGUGGAGGUUUCCUGCCAAACUUCAAGUCACCAUCAAUGGGUAAUCAGACUAGCUCUGCUACAACUGAACAAACUGUCCGUCACUACGGCGUUAAUCCUCAAUUACAACUUCCUCAGCCGAUCGUGAAGAAGGAGCCAGUCGAUACAUAUGGAGGAACAUGUUACCAAAACAUUGCUAUGAUCUCGGAUGGAGAAGAGGUGACCAAUCUCCUCACAAAAGGUCAUGAUCCAAACCUCCAGUCUAUGUCAGGUAAUGGGGCUGAUCCUAUUUCCUAUAGUCCAGUGUCCCUUCUUUUGCCUAGUGGAUCAGAUGGUUCAGACAGGGACAUUUCCAUGGAGACCAGCUUCAACAGGCCAGCAUCAACUGCCACCACUUUGGCUGGUACUGGAGGAAGCAACUAUUCUCAGUCAGAUGAAAUGAAUAUUCAGAAAAUCAUGCGGGACCUGGUGGCUGGAUCACCAGGACAAGUAACCAGUCAGCAGGUAGUCAGUGAACCCCAGAAAAUGGAUGAAAAUUCAGUUAAUGCAUUGCUCCAAAGUCUUCAACAGGCUGUCAUGCGCAAUGCUGAUGGGCAGGAAAACUCACAGCUGACAUUUCCAGAUGAUGUGGCUCAGUUGCUAAAUCAGCCCAUGUUUUCCAUUGGUUCUAGUCUCGACAGUAGGGACCAGGCUCCAGUCCAACCUCCCACAAAUUUCCCAGUACAUCAUACCUUCAGCCCUGCUCUCCAGAGAACCACCCAAGACAUCCAGAACAUGUUGUCUGCUCAGCAACAAUAUCCUAGUUAUGGGGGUAUGGACGCUACAGAAGCUGGCGACUUGGAGACUGAUGGCGAUUCUCAGGCACAAGAUAAUGUCAGGCUUGUGUGGGAUUCCAAUGAAAGCCCUUGUGAAGAACAAGAGGAUCUUUCUGAUACAGAAGUUGAUGGUGACACAGAAUGGUACUGCUCACAGAGUGGUGUAGCGUCAGAGGUAAUAAGAGCAGAGGCUGUACUAGUGAAGACGACACAUCCAACACCAUCUGCUGCAAUGACAGGAAAGUCCGAAAAGACUGAAAGAAAAAAUAGCAGUGAAACAUGUAUCAAAUACACAUCCGAGUCCUCAGCAGAUCUUGGCAAAGAAUUCAAAGACAGUAGGCAAACAAACACAGUGCAGAAUGAUACAAGUGAUCUGGAAAAAGAUACACAGAUAGAUCCUGGUGUCUAUGCACAAGUGAAAGAGGGAGAUCAGGAUGGAUGUCUUGAAUCAAGGUCACCAAGAUCUGGUGACAUGGAAGGAAGAAAUAUGAUUGAGCCUUAUAAAAAGGAGACUGACAAAGCUAACCUUCAAGAAAAUGUCACUGAAAGUCUGAAGAAACUGACUUUAUGAUAUUGAUUUAAAGUGUUGACUUUUUCUGCUCAUUCAAGUCACUAUAAAAUCUCUGUCCAGUAAACCCACGUUACUGGCAGAAUCAUGCUGGGUAUUCUUUGUAUAUAAUUUUCAACAUAGCAUUGUAGCAGACUUUCUUGACAAUUUCCCUGAUUUUUUAUUUUCUAAGAAAGGUUGAUUAUGUGACUGGUCCAGCCCUGGUCAGUGUGGCUCUUUGACUGUUGAGCACUUGGUCAAUGUGACUAGCCCACUAAUGGUCAGUUUUACUAAGUGAUUUGUCCACUAACGUGCUAUGAUGAUGUGUGCUAGAUUUCCCCCUUGAAUAAUGACCAGUUCACCUUCCUAUCACACAUUAUCAGUUUUUUCUAUAAUAACUGAUGACUAAGGUACAUGAGUUGUACAGCUGAUACAAGAUCUACAAUGUUACAUCAGUAGACCUGUAACCUACACUGUGACAUCAGUAGACCUGUAACCUACACUGUUACAUCAGUAGUCCUGUAACCUACACUGUUACAUCAGUAGACCUGUAACCUACACUGUGACAUCAGUAGACCUGUAACCUACACUGUUACAUCAGUAGACCUGUAACCUACACUGUGACAUCAGUAGACCUGUAACCUACACUGUGACAUCAGUAGACCUGUAACCUACACUGUUACAUCAGUAGACCUGUAACCUACACUGUGACAUCAGUAGACCUGUAACCUACACUGUUACAUCAGUAGACCUGUAACCUUCACUGUGACAUCAGUAGACCUGUAACCUACACUGUGACAUCAGUAGCCUGUAACCUACACUUUUAGAUCAGUAGACCUGUAACCUACACUGUUACAUCAGUAGACCUUUAACCUACACUGUGACAUCAGUAGACCUGUAACCUACACUGUUACAUCAGUAGACCUGUAACCUACACUGUGACAUCAGUAGACCUGUAAUCUACACUGUUACAUCAGUAGACCUGUAACCUACACUGUGACAUCAGUAGACCUGUAACCUACACUGUGACAUCAGUAGACCUGUAACCUACACUGUUACAUCAGUAGACCUUUAACCUACACUGUGACAUCAGUAGACCUUUAACCUACACUGUUACAUCAGUAGACCUGUAACCUACACUGUGACAUCAGUAGCCUGUAACCUACACUGUUAGAUCAGUAGACCUGUAACCUACACUGUGACAUCAGUAGACCUGUAACCUACACUGUUACAUCAGUAGACCUGUAACCUACACUGUGACAUCAGUAGACCUGUAACCUACACUGUUACAUCAGUAGACCUGUGACCUACACUGUGACAUCAGUAGACCUGUAACCUACACUGUGACAUCAGUAGACCUGUAACCUACACUGUGACAUCAGUAGACCUUUAACCUACACUGUUACAUCAGUAGACCUUUAACCUACACUGUUAGAUCAGUAGACCUGUAACCUACACUGUGACAUCAGUAGACCUGUAACCUACACUGUGACAUCAGUAGACCUGUAACCUACACUGUUACAUCAGUAGACCUGUAACCUACACUGUUACAUCAGUAGACCUGUAACCUACACUAUGACAUCAGUAGACCUGUAACCUACACUGUGACAUCAGUAGACCUGUAACCUACACUGUUACAUCAGUAGACCUGUAACCUACACUGUUACAUCAGUAGCCUGUAACCUACACUGUUACAUCAGUAGACCUUUAACCUACACUGUUACAUCAGUAGACCUUUAACCUACACUGUUACAUCAGUAGACCUUUAACCUACACUGUUACAUCAGUAGACCUGUGACCUACACUGUUACAUCAGUAGACCUGUGACCUACACUGUUACAUCAGUAGACCUUUAACCUACAUUGUUACAUCAGUAGACCUGUAACCCACACUGUGACAUCAGUAGACCUGUAACCUACACUGUUACAUCAGUAGACCUUUAACCUACACUGUGACAUCAGUAGACCUUUAACCUACACUGUUACAUCAGUAGACCUUUAACCUACACUGUUAGAUCAGUAGACCUGUAACCUACACUGUGACAUCAGUAGACCUGUAACCUACACUGUUACAUCAGUAGACCUUUAACCUACACUGUUACAUCAGUAGACCUGUAACCUACACUGUGACAUCAGUAGACCUGUAACCAAUACUGUUAGAUCAGUAGACCUGUAACCAACACUGUAGACCUAUGAUUGCUGACCUGUGGUGAUUGGAAAACCUCCGUGUAUUUUUAUAUGAUUGUUAAAUGUUGGAUUCAAGAAAGAUAUAUAGACUAGAUGAUGCCCUAUCAGGUUGUUCGAUGCAUUUAUGAAAACCAUCAUAGUUAAGAUUUUGAAUGAAUUACCCUAGAAUAAUGUCCAACAUGUGUAACACUGACACAAAACUCUGAUAUCAUACAUAUUUCUGAGGUUUUGCAAAUGAUACAAGAAUUACUAUAGAAGUUUGAUUAGAGUUAUAUUGUAAAUAUGGCAGCCAGUUCCAAGAAUAAAUGUUUAUUCCACAGCUAUUUAAAAAUAGCUAUAAAUAAUACGAUUGUCAUUUCAUCUCUGCCCAUGUAAUGUCCAUCAUUUAUCAACAUCAUUUGAUCUUGUGAUGAUGUAAAUAACACAAAAUGUAAUACUUAUUUUAAAGAUAAUGGAAAUAUGUUAUUUAACUAGAGUAAGUAUAGAGUAUAUUUACAGUGCAGUCACUUCUGACUGGCAAAUGCAGACAAACUGCUAGAAAUGUUGAUGAAGAUGAACAGCUUUCAUUGGGAGCUUUGGAGGAAUGUGACUUUAAUUGUAUACUCUAAGCUUUCAUUGAGAGCUUUGUGAACUGUAACUUAAAUUUUAUUUUAUUUUUCCAUUGAAAGUUAUUAUGACUGUUUUACAAUUUGUUAAACAUGUCUCUUGUUACAAAAGCAGCUACUUUGUUCUAUGGUAUAUUUUGUUUGUAUGAUCAUUAAAGUUUCAUAAGAUGUUGUUUUUUUUAAGAAAAAACAUAUUUGUACAAUCAUUUU